AUGAAAACUACUGACGUCAAAGUGUGCGAUAUUACAACUCCAAAAGAUUUUGGACGAAAUUACAACUACGUUACGACGCUCUGUCUGGCACUUCACCCAGAUGUUUUUGCUUCUCCACUUCUUCACUCUUCUGCGCAGUGCGCAUGUCAGCUGUCACGUGAAGAAAAGUGGUGGAAAUGGCGGCGUAUAAGGCUAGGUUUAUUGCAGGAGUUUAGUGACUUGCUUUCUAAUGAAGAAAUAAAUUUGAAAGAGCUGAAAAAGUUGUGUUUCAAUGGAAUUCCUGAUGAAAUGGGCUGGCGCCCACUAUGCUGGAAAAUACUUCUUAACUAUCUUCCUCCAACACGUCGCACCUGGAGUGAAACACUGACCCGCAAACGGGACUUGUAUAAACAAUUUAUUAGUAAGAAUGGGGUUUUGAUUGAGGGAAAAAUCCUUGCUUUGGAUGCUUUGACUAGAGUUGACAGUUUGAAUGAUCCUUCCCCAGAGGAAAUGAUUGUAAUGCCUGGAGAAUCACAGGAUGCAGAGGAAGAUGGCAAUAGAAUUGAUGUCACAUUUGCAGACCAUCCUCUCAAUUCCAACCCUGAUAGCCAGUGGCAGACGUAUUUUAAAGAUAAUGAAGUGUUGCUGCAAAUUGAUAAGGAUGUAAGGAGAUUAUGUCCAGACAUAUCCUUCUUCCAACAAGCUACAGACUUUCCUUGUGCUGAAGUUGUGCACAGUAAAGGAUUAAAGAGACUUCACCGCCGUGUACAGCAUACUGUGCUCAAAUCAGCCAAUGUUGAAAGGAAGGGUUUGGGAAUAACCAAGAUUGCGCUAUCGAUUAAGAAAGCACCUGAGGACUACGCCCCAAUGCCAGAGGGCGAGGAAGCACACUGGGAGGUAGUGGAGCGCAUUCUAUUUCUCUAUGCGAAGCUGAACCCAGGACAAGGCUAUGUCCAGGGUAUGAACGAGAUUAUUGGACCAAUCUAUUAUGCAUUUGCAUGUAAUCCUGAUGUGGAAUGGCGGGAGCACGCGGAGGCCGACUGCUUCUUCUGCUUCACGAACCUCAUGGGCGAGAUCCGCGACUUCUUCAUCAAGUCGCUGGACGAGGCGGAGUGCGGCAUCAGUGGCAUGAUGGCGCGCCUGCUGGAGCAGCUGCGCGCCAGCGACGCGCGGGUCUGGCAGCACCUGCAGGGCCAGGAGCUGUGCCCGCAGUACUACAGCUUCCGCUGGCUGACGCUGCUGCUGUCGCAGGAGUUCCCGCUGCCCGACGUGCUGCGCAUCUGGGACUCGCUCUUCGCCGACGAGCGCCGCUUCGCCUUCCUCAUCCACAUCUGCUGCGCCAUGAUCAUGUGA